CCGGGAAUCAAGCAUGCCACCCAAGGCUAGCGGCAAGGCGGUGAAGAAGGCCGGCAAAGCUCAGAAGAAUAUCAGCAAGACCGACAAGAAGAAGAAAAGGAAGAGGAAGGAGAGCUAUGCUAUCUAUAUCUACAAAGUACUGAAGCAAGUCCAUCCUGACACCGGUAUCUCCAGCAAGGCUAUGAGUAUCAUGAAUAGUUUCGUCAAUGAUGUUUUCGAACGCAUUGCUGCCGAGGCAUCACGGUUGGCUCAUUACAACAAACGCUCCACCAUCACCUCUCGGGAAAUCCAAACUGCCGUUCGGCUUUUACUGCCCGGUGAAUUGGCGAAGCACGCGGUCAGUGAGGGAACCAAAGCUGUUACCAAGUACACGAGCUCAAAGUGAACGA